AUGGCUGCCAGUGCAGCGAGUGCUGGCCACGGCGCGAAAGGAGUCAGCGAGCCAAAGAAGCCGCCAGGCGCCGAGGAUGGGAGCAGCUCCUAUGAGACGACGUCCGAGGACGAGAUGCAAGGCGCUGGUCCUCAGCCCAGUCUCGGCGCGUUGCCGCCGCCGGCGGCUGCGGCUGCGGUGCGCCGAGACGUGGCGGUGGGCCCGGACGAGCCGUUCCAGGCGCCCAGGCCACCGCCAGCCAUGCUGGAUGUCGCCUGCCAAACGAAGGAAUCCGCCUUCGAGCGGUCCGUCCGUCAUGUUGCAGUCGGCGAUGACGCGCCGUCCGAGCAUCUAGGUCCACUAGAAACGCCCCACGCGAAGCGAGUCGCUGAAUGGGCGGUUCCGGAGAGAAAGAAACGCAGGAAACACAAGAACAAGGACGUCACCAGCGAGCAGGUUCUGGACUCGGUGAAUGUCCUCUCUGCUGACGCUGGUGCAGGGCCGGACAUGCAGGAACGUGAGGCAAAAGAGCCACACGUUGAGCCGAGACUGGCGAGCGCCAGCGAGCCUGAGCCCAGCCAGCCCAGAGAAGGGAUCAAAGAGCCAGCCGUGCACGAAGCGCCGGCACUGGCGGCACUGGCGGCACCAGCGGCGUCCGCGACGUUGCCGGAGCUCAAGGAGACUGAGCCGCCGGCGACCCCGUCGCCGGUGACGCCCACACCCACGCCCACGCCGACGCCGCCGGAGCCGCCGGCGGAGCCGCCGGCGGAGCCACCGGCGGAGCUGCCGGCGGCGAAGCCGACGGAGCCGGAGGCGACGCCCAGGGCGGAAGCGGCGGAGCCGCAGCCCAAGUUCGAGGCCAGCGAGGCCAGCAGUGAAGAGGAAGAGAUGGAGGAGGAAGAGGAAGAGGAGGACGAUGUGGAGGAGGAGGUAAAAGGAACGAUUGAAGAGGAAAUGAGAGCUAAGGAAACAGAACAGCAGCAGCCAGAAACGCGGCCGCAAGGCAGUGCGGCCAAAGCAACAAAGGAGCAAGAUGCGAAGAUCUUAAUGGCUGAGAGGGCUAACGAAGAAGAGAGGGGCCAAGAACACAGGGAACAGGUAGCUCCGCGGGUGAGGUCAAGGGAAGGAGACCAACGUCCAGAUGAAAGAGGACCCAGGCCUCCCAGCCGUGACCGGCGCCGCAGCCCUCUCCGCAGCCGGGACGCGCGCGGAGACGGGCGCCAGCGAGACCGGCGGCCGGUGCUGCUGCGCAGCGCGCAGCGCAGCAGGAGUCGCGGGAAGAGAGACAAGCUGAAGGCGCCUCGAGGGGGCAGCGCUUUGUCUCCUGAGUCUCAUCCUAUCCUACCUAGCGGUAAGGCCAGCCGGAAGAACGGUGGCAAGCCCCGAAGCCCUCGCCGGCGCAAGGGGGAGAGGAGGUCGCCGGUGGCAACGUCUCACCGGCCACCCCGCCAUUUGCCACAGCGGCCGCGGUCACAACGACGGUCGCCGCGGCGGUCGCCGCGGCGGUCGCCGCGACGAUCCCCCCGCCGAUCUCCCCGGAGGUCGCCCCGGCGGUCCCCCCGGCGAUCGCCCCGCCGGUCGCCCCGCCGGUCGCCCCGCCGGUCGCCCCGGCGGUCGCCCCGGCGGUCGCCUCGGCGGUCUCCCCGGCAGUCACCCAGAAUGACUGAGCGCAGAUCCUCGCCUCGGCACGGGCGACGAAAUUCGAGGCCAGGCCGAUCAGCGCAGAGGUUGCCGCCAAAGUCCUCACCAAGGAGGCCAGUGGUCAAGCAAUCAUCAGCGCAGCGUCCGUUUGUGGAGCAGCCAGUGGCGAGGCAUCCAGAGGACAAACCAGCGGAGAGGAGGCCAUCUGAGCGGAGGACAUCGGAGCAGCGGACGUCCGAUCGGCGGACGCCAGGGCAAUCCCCUGGGGAUUUGGGACAAGGACUCUCCAAGUCAGCGCCCAGAGAUUGUCCGCGCCAGUCAGCCGACAGAAGGUCCCCUCGAGCCUCGCAGCAAGCCGAAGCCCAGCCUGGCGAGAGGGAGACUGUGCCUGCGGUGCCCAGCAGCGGGGCACCUCCGGGAGCUGAGGAGGACGAGUACGAGUCCUCCACUUCGAGCUCUCCCAGGCCUUCGCGGCCAGAGGUUCGGGACGGCCGCGAGGGCCGCGAACGUGAUCACGAGGGCCGCGAGGCGGCGGCGUGGCAGCAGCAGUUCAUCAGCUCCAUGGUGGCCAGCCAGAUGUCAUACCCGCGAAACUACAGCUACCCUUACCCCUACAUGGGCUUUCAGUAUCCUGUGCAGGGCGAGCCCUGGCGGGGUCCGAAUUCUCAGAGACAUGGCUAUCGCCACCGAGACUCGUACCGCGAUCGAGCGAUCACUGCACCGCGGUACAGGCGCGAUGAAAGGGAGGCGACGCAGGCCAAGCCAGCGGCGCGGCCAGAAUCGGCGUCAGAGGCUGCCGAGAAACAGCUCACCGCCGAGACAAAAUCUGCAGAGCUGCCGGCUGGGGCAAAGCAAGACGAGAAGCCUGCGGAGCCAGCUGAAGCCAAGCCAGAGGCAACAUCCGCGCCGCCAGCCAAAGGAACGCCGGAGGCAAAGUCUGCAGAACCGCCUGCAGCGGACAAGGAGGAGACCGAGACCAAAUGUACGGAGCCGCCAGCUGAAGAAGCAAAGUCGGAGGUGGGGCCUGCUUGA